AUGACCGCCUCACCCCCCAAUCUGUACAGCUUCCCCAACAGCAAUGCGCUGGCUGAGCAACUGCGUACUUACGUUCUUCGUGCCCAAAACUCUGCCCUCAGUCGCCAUGAGAGCUUCCGCCUAGCUGUUUCCGGCGGCUCCCUCCCCGCCGUCCUAGCCAAAGCCCUGUUGGCUCCCAGCAAUGGCACCCAAGAGGAUACCCCUCAAUUCUCCAAGUGGCACAUUUUCUUCGCCGAUGAGCGAGCCGUCCCCCUCGACCAUGAGGAGAGCAACUACCGCCUGCUAAAGGACGAGCUGGUGGCCAAGAUUCCCGCCGAACUCGGCUCACCCGUGAUCCACCCCAUUGACGAGAAGCACAUCCAGGACGACGACCCACAGGAACUUGCGGACCUCUACCAAGAGGAUCUGAUGCGCGAAUUCGCCGCCAAAGAUUCCGUGAAACUGCCCGUCUUCGAUCUCAUUCUGCUCGGCUGUGGUCCCGACGGUCACACUUGUUCGCUGUUCCCUGGUCACGAUCUGCUGCGCGAGAAGGACGCCUGGGUUGCUGCUGAGACCAAUUCCCCCAAACCCCCUCCCAAGCGCAUCACCCUCACUCUGCCUGUUGUGACUCACGCUGUCAACAUUGCCUUUGUGGCGACUGGUGCCGGCAAGAAGGAGAUUCUGAAGCAGAUCUUUGAUUUGGAGGAGGGUUCAAACCUCCCAUCCGCACUAGUCAACCAGGGUGCUGGUGAGAAGGUCAGUUGGUUCACUGACCACCCUGCUGUUGAGGGUGUUGCAUUCUCUCGCCGUGGGAACCUGUGA